UGUGGUCUCCACAGCGUGAUAAAACAAGACGCGCGUGGAGAGUCCCGCGUGGAUCCGAACUGAUGCGUAUACGCGCGUGAGUGCGCGCGCGCGUGUGACAGUGGGCGUGUGCAUCAGUGGGGCCGAGCUCACAGCUUUGGAAUACAGCACAUGAACAACAUCAGAAUCCGGAUAUUUACACGAAUCAGAAAUGCCCUGUGUACAAACGCAGCAUGUAUCCCUGACCCACGACUCCCACUUCAGCACCAACUUCUUAAACUCCGACCUCGAUGCCAAGCCGGUGAUGGACAUCGGUGGCCAGAAGGAGCAGCUGUCUACGUCCUUGUUACCCAGCAUCAAUACCUUAGUGGGAAGUGGCUACAUCGGAGAGUUUGAUGCCUUUUCCUGCAAGAUUCCCGCCUCAGCUUCCACGUCUACGGUUUCGUUUGGCUACACCACAGUCGCUGAAAGUACAGACUGCCAGAUGCAGAACCAAGCCUACAAGCUGGAUGACCUGCAAGUGUAUGGCUGUUGCCCAGGCUCAUUUACACUCAGCUGCCUUGAUGAGACACUGUCAUCGUGCGGCUCCGACUACUACGGUAGUCCAGGGUACCCUGCCCCCUCCCCUCCAACGACAGGCUUUCAGACACUGUGUGCACCUGUAUGGGAGUCCCCUUUCAGUCCCUACAAUCCGGCCCCCGCGGCUGAUAAGCAGUCCUCUUUCUUCCCCUUCAGUCCCACGCCGGAACAGCACUCACCCGUAUUGCCCCACCAGGAUGCUCACCUGUGUCAGGACGAGCCUUUCUUCAUGUCCCCUCAGCAGCACGUGACUUCACUGCAUUGCCCCAUCAUGUCCAUGGAGCACGGCGCCAGGCUCGCAGAGGGGGCUCCCAAAAUCCACAACCCAGGUCUGAGCGAGGGCCGCUGUGCCGUGUGCGGAGAUAAUGCUUCCUGUCAGCACUACGGCGUACGCACCUGUGAAGGCUGCAAAGGUUUCUUCAAACGAACUGUGCAGAAAAAUGCAAAGUAUGUUUGCCUGGCCAACAAAGACUGUCCAGUGGACAAGAGGAGGAGGAACCGCUGCCAGUUUUGCCGUUUCCAGAAAUGUCUUACAGUGGGAAUGGUCAAAGAAGUUGUCCGGACAGACAGCCUGAAGGGUCGCCGAGGGCGUCUACCGUCCAAACCAAAGACGGUGGCUGAGGCUUCCUCCACCACCCCCAAUGUCAACAUCAUUUCCUCGCUAGUGCGAGCACAUUUAGACUCCAACCCAACCAUUGGCAAGCUUGACUACUCCAAGUACCAGGAGACAGUGGACAACGUAUCAGAGAAGGAGGAUGCCGAUGACAUCCAGCAGUUCUAUGAUCUCCUGACCGGAUCAUUGGAGGUGAUAAAAUCCUGGGCUGAAACCAUCCCAGGUUUUACUGACUUCUGCAAAGAGGACCAGCAGCUACUUCUUGAGUCUGCCUUUGUUGAGCUGUUCAUCCUACGCCUAGCAUACAGGUCAAAUCCAGAGAAGCACAAACUGAUCUUCUGUAACGGCGUCGUCCUGCACCGACUGCAGUGUGUUCGCAGUUUUGGGGACUGGAUCGACUCCAUCAUGGAUUUUUCCCAGAGCCUUCAUCGAAUGAGCCUAGACGUCUCCCUGUUUGCGUGCCUCUCAGCACUUGUCAUCAUCACUGAUCGCCACGGCCUCAAGGAACCCAAACGUGUCGAAGACUUCCAGAGCAAUCUCAUCUCUUCCUUAAGGGAACACGUGAGUGGAAACAGAUCGGAAACAGGUCGAACCCAACCCAACUAUCUUUCGCGGCUUCUGGGUAAGCUCCCCGAGCUGAGGACUCUUUGCACACAGGGCCUGCAGCGCAUCUUCUACCUAAAACUGGAGAACCUCGUCCCUCCUCCACCUAUCGUGGAUAAAAUCUUUAUGGAUAUCUUACCAUUCUGAAUCCAAAUGAACACAAAAGGAGAAAGACUGCACCUUAUAUGAUAUUUUUUUCCCUUGGUUUUGCUGGUGCUAAACAGCACUUUACUUGUCAACUAGUAAUGGGUUCCCCUUAACAGCAGCUCUCUUUAAACAUGCAUGCGGAGUCUUUAAAGAUUUCCCCCCCAUCUCCCCCAUCGAACCCCUCGAGAUGUAACAUAACACCAAGCACUCCGAAGAUGAUUUCUGAUGAGAUGUCUUCAUGUUACAUGAUGUACAAUAUUUGCUUGGGUACUACAAAGAUGGCUGGACUGAUAUUAGUGGUCAUAUAUUUGGAGAGUGCAUUUGUUGAAAGGAAUUUAUUGCUGUGCUAAAUGUGUAAAUGUUACCAUGCUAUGCAACUAAAAACUUUUUUGGCAAUGCAGUGUUCACUGAUGGUAGCUAAAUGUGAAUACACACAUCUCUUUAGUAGUUUAUUGUCUAUUUUUCCCAAUGACUACAGAAACAUGGGUUGCGUGUUGUAAAAUAUAAAAUGGAUCUUGUGCUCCAGUGUUUCAUAAGGGAAACACAACAAUAGUUGCGGAAAGGCUGAAGUUUACACCUGUUUUUGAUAAAACACCAUAAUGUAGUUUGUUUAUGGUCUUUAUGGCCUUAAACGAAAGAAAAUGUUCUGCAAUUAUUCUCGUGUUGCCAUUUACAACACUUUUUAAAAGGUGAUGAACACACAAACACAUUUGUCGAUAAUGAAUAAGUUAUUGAUAAAAAAGUGCCUUUGCAAAAACUCACGCGACAAUGUCAAUGUCAUUCCAAUCAUAAACCAUACAAUGACAAAUUUGAACUCAGCCAUCACUGAAAAAGCUUUUGACAUAAGUGCCUGAAGCAUAUGAAUCAAUAUACUGUACCUGUAGUACUACAGAGAGUAUAUGAUGCGUGAAUAUUGCACAGUGUGUCAAGGAAUGAAAUGUCUGCAAAUGAAUCAAUUGUCCAAAAGCGUAAUUGAAGCCAUUUUAUAAUUUCAAUGUGAGAAUCAUGCAUAUGACUGACUUGUUGUUCCUAAAACGAAUGCUGACUUGUGUUACUGUGUCUGAUAAUGUCUUUCACAUUCUUCUGUUAUGUGUUUCCUUCAUUUAAUUGACACUUAACGUGAAACAUGGAAAUAUCCUGAAAAGUGUCUAAAGCUAAAAUCAACAAUGUCCAACCCAAUGAGAUACAACAGGCUUCAUCCUCCCACCACGGAGAAGGGGGCUUUUCAUGAUGCACAACUGUUCAC